GGUAUUAUGUUUAACGCAACUGUCAACGAAGUAUGAAAGCUUUGAUUCAUUAAUAACAUUAUUUGAGAACACCCUCUAUGUGAGGAAUGAAGAAUAAAAGGGUGAAACCCUCGAAGGGUGUAAACAACAGAAAGAGAGUGCUGAGCGAUGUGUCUCCAUCCAGCAGUGUUCCUCCUCUGGUGGAGGGUCAUCUGAGAUGUUUUCUGAGGGUGACGGUGAGUAAAGUGCUGUGGACCAUCCCCAGACCUCCUCCUGUGACUCUGGUCAGGCUCAGAUGGUGGGGAGAGUCUUCCACUGGCACGUUCUUCAGGCCUGGACAUGCUGAACAGAAGGGGGACAAAUCCACAGCCCGCUUUCCCGUUCGAUGUGGACCCAAACAGCUGACGUCUUAUUUGACAGAUAUGGGCUCAUUGGUGCUGGAUGUGCUUACAAAGGUCGAUCAUUUGCCUAUAGCUCGAGCGCAGGUCCCUGGGAUUGCCCGGCUGUCUUUGUCUCACUCCAUAAAUGGAUAUUUCACUCUUGUUUCCCCGUCAUCAGAAAAACUUGGAGAGCUUCAGGUCACACUUGCCCUGGAAGCGUUAACAGAAGGAUAUGAUAGCAGUAGUUCAGUACCCACGACUGAUAUGAGCCUGGACGCACAGGCUCCUGGGAUUACAACUGACCAGAACAUGUCUGUACUGCCAUCCCAGGAUCAGGCUCUCCCAAGAGUGAAGGAGACAGCUGGCAGCAGUUCUGGCCACAUACCUAGAGGGAAGGAUUACCUGUAUUUUCAAGCAGAUUCUUCUACUGGAAAACCUAAACCCACUUCUGCCCAAAUUCCUUCAGCAAAUGCACAAGCACCUGUUGACCUUUUGUCAGUUCUUCUGGAGCGUGGCAGCAAACUCCGAAAUGCAAUGGUGGUUUCAGCCUUAAAAUCUGAUGUGGGGUCAGAUGUUCCUCUUAAGGACAUUGCUCUGCCUCUCUCCACAGACAACACUGACGCCUUGCCAGCCAGGCCCUCCUCAGGAACUUUUCUGGAGAACAUCCUUCAGUCAGAACUCCAGCCUAGUCAGAAUAGAGUCAACACAGAGGACAUGGCUGUGGAUCUCUUGCUGGGAAGUGGUAAUGGAUCCGUGCUGCAGUUCUGGGAUGGAGAGGGUUCUCUCCCAGAUUUCUUUUCUAAUCACAGUAGUGUGCUCAUGGACAGCGAGCUCAACGACCCUCAGUAUGAUCAGAGUCUUCUGGAGAACCUCUUCUACAAAGCUCCUAUAUCAGAUGAAGGUUUGGAAAUGGACGAUCAGAAGAAAGACCCGGCAGAGAAGCCAAUACACACAAGACCAGCUAAAAAUGCCUGGCUUGAUUCAGAAGAUGUGCAGCAUUCAGAAACAGGAGACGAUUUCUCUGGACUUAGCGUGGAUAAAAUAGCUUUGCUUGGAGAUAUUCGGUUUGCCAGGGUCACCAUCAGUGAGUUAAAAGUUCCCACUGAGAGUACUUCUAGAAGUCUAUCUAGAAAAGGAAGGCCACCUCGUCCCGUCACCACAAAGAAAUGCUUUUAUAUCGUUGAGUACCUCUUUCCAUUGGUCUCUGCUGGGUAUGAAGAUGUUCAACAUGUACCUUCAGAGAUUACUAAAGUUGUCUCUGGUAAAGUAACAGAGGGCGUGGUGACGUUUCAGCACCAAAGUUUGUUUCCAGUGAGGUUCGGCAGGUUGUCUCUUAAACAAUGGUGGAAGAUGAACGUCACAUUCAAGAUUUACUCCAGAAAUAGCCUUCAAAAGACCCCUGUUCUCAUUGGAUCAGCAAAGUUUCCUCUGAGCUCUGUGAUGCAGAAUCAAUCACUGAGCAUUUCUGCUGCCCUUCCUGUUCAAAGACCGGAUAGAAACGCUGAUAAACAAGCAUUUGGUCCUCUGAAGGUUUUGUUUGAAUUAGCAGCAGACAAGAAUGAUUUCUCCACCAAAAAGAGAAUUCUGAGUCCAAGCAGACCGCUUUCUUCCCGUUUGACUGAAGAGCAUGAUGGACCAAAGGGUUUAUGUGUGAGCGACCACAGGAGAGACUCGUCUCCUAGUGCAGGUGUUCAUCAAGUCCAGAGUAUCCUGAUACCUCCAUCCACAUCACGAGCUACAUCACCACCCGUCAGAUACCAGAGCUCUCUUCAGCAGGAAGUGGAGGAGACUGAGAUUUUGAUUCAUAUGUUGCUCAUGGUGCCCGAUGGGAAAGAUUUUAACUGUGCACCCAUGCAGCCCAAUGUCUACUUGAACUGUAAGCUCCUCGGAUCCGAUGAAACCACUCGAUCGACAGUGAGCUGGAGUCAGAAACAUCCAACAUUUGGCUUCAUUCAGGUGGUUCCAGUCGCACUGACCAGCAGACUGUUGGAGAGAAUGAAGAACAACAUGAUGGUCAUUGAAGUUUGGCUGAGAGCCAGUAACUCAGACCAUGAUAAACUCCUCGGUUUGGUAAAACUACCUCUCCACCAGUUCUACAUGUCCUUCAGAGACCCCAGGAUCACAGAGCUGCUGUUGCAGUCUCCGUAUCCAGUGGUUGGAGUGGACAGUUUUAUACCUGUGGUUGAUGUAUUCAGCGGCAGCACUCGUGGACACCUCAGGGUGUGUCUAGCAAUGGGUCUAGCACAGCAGAUAUUGGCACUGCAGCGAAUGAGGGACGACGAGCUGAGCCCCGGGUCACCGCUGCCUCGACCAGCGCACAUGUUAGACCACCGGCCACAUGCAGAAGCCAAGGCCAGUACCACUGUGGAUGUUCUGCGUGAGCAUGUCUUCAUGGUCCGAGUAGAGAGAGUGAAGGGUCUGACGCCUCUGCAGUCCACAGUGUGGGGAGAAGCUGACUGUUACAUCCAGUACUCCUUCCCUGGACAAAAUGACUCGAGAGAGGACAUGGACCCACUUACUGUGGAGAGCAAUGUGGAGCUCAAGGCCUACCGCUCUCAGACCACUCUCUGUGUGCCUGACCCUGUGUUUGGACAUAAUGAGACUCAUGUCCUACUGGCUCCUCCUGAUGUCCCAGUGCAAAGAGUACUGCUGAUCUCACUGGCCAGUCAGGGACCGAAAAACGGAGGAGGAGUGCAGUUUGAGGUUUGGUGCAGGUAUUAUUAUCCUAAUGUUAGAGAUCAGCUAGUAGCCAGAGGAUUGCUGCCCGUGUCCAAACUGUGUGCCAUGGUGACCAUGCAGAAACAGGGUCAAACCGAUGCACAACUGUUCUCUCUUCCUCUGGUACCGAGAACCGACCGACCUGUUGACACACAGCCUCAGCCGCCUGGGCUGCUUGAAGUGAGUGUCCAGUACAAGUCUCGCCCAGUGAGGAGUGUGAUUGGAGUUGUGCCGUCCCGCAGUGUAAUGCUGGUCGUGCAGGUGCACAGAGCAGCCGGGCUACAGGCUGCAGCCAAAGCUCUUGCAGAUCCAGAUAACGCACUGCAGUAUUACUCUGAAGUGGGGCUUAACUCUUUCAUCAACAUGCAGUUGUCCUUCCUGCCGGACAGCGAGGUUCGAAGCACACGUGUGGCAGCCAGAAGUUUCUGUCCAGAGUUUGAACAUCACGCCGAGUUCUGCUGUAACCUGCUGGUGCAGAGAGACAGCGGAGAGAGCAUCAGUCUGGCUGAACUCCUGCAGGAGGCAGUGGCUGUCUUCACCAUAUACAACAGAGACACACGUAAAAUAGCUGAUACAAGAUCGCAGGACACUGUCUUGGGCACUGUGAAAAUUAAACUUGCAGAUCUGAUUCAUAAAAGAAGUGGCAUAUCUGGCUGGUACAGUCUGUCUCUACCUCCGAGCACAACCUCCUCUCACAGUCUGACCUCAGCAGGAGGGCUAGAAGUCUCCAUUAGUUUUUCUCAUCAUGCCGAUAGAGAGCGAGUCCUCAGUUCAGCCCGUGGUCUGGGAUGGGACGUGGGGCAAAACAGUGAAGAUGAGGCAGAUAUAGAAGACGAAGAUACUUUGGAAGCAAGCGCAAAGUCUCUGGCAUUAUCAGUCUCCAUGCCUAGAGCGUGGCUGCCCAUCCAUUGCCUGCUGCUGCCAGGACAUGAAGACUUGCAGCGUUCCACCUACUGCUACUACAGAUACAAACUGUACAACCAGCAGACUGUCUGCUCUGAACUCAGACAUCCUGCUCCAGACGAGUGUGAGAGAGGAGAAGGUUUGGCCACGGUGGCAUUUCAGGGGAGUAGAAGUGUGGUGCUGAGGAGGACCCAACCCCUGCGCUGGUACCUGAGGGAGGAGAAGCUGGAGGUGCAGGUGUGGGUGGCCUUUGGGAAGGAGAAGAGAGUCCGGCCUCAUAACGCUGACCGUCUGGUGGGCUCUGCAUUUGUGGAUCUCUCUGCUCUUUCUGGGACUUUGAAGCACCAUCAAACAAUCAGCGGUGUGUAUCCUCUGUUCAAGCGCUCUGCUGUAAACCUGAGUGGUGCUGCUCUCAGAGUCCAUAUCACUGUCACAACAGACUCUGUAGCACAUGAGCCUCAAUCUAGUGAGGAGCUCAACAGCUCAGUAGAGGAUGAGGAGGAUGGAGGCUUCCCCACCACAGCACUGUCUAGACCAUCUCAAUCCCCCAGCAAACAGCUGAUCAAACCAGCCAUGAUCACUGAUGCUCCACCAUCCAAAGAAAUCAGCAACGAUGAGACCUUCAUAGCCAGCAUUACUGUGGACAGAGCUAUGCAUCUGAGCCUGAAGGGGUGUCCUCUUGCUGAGCGUGAUUGUGGAUUGCCUAGCUGCUGUGUUUCUUAUGCCACCGCCGAUGUCCCGGGCACAGUGACAACAGCACUGGUCAAAGACACUGACUGCCCUGUGUGGCACCACCAGCAAGAAUGCAGACUGUUGAUAGAGCUACUUUUGGAUCCCCAGCAGUUCUUGGUUUUCAAAGUUUGGCAUAAAGGAGAGGUUGAGCGGGUGAUUGGAUUUGUGUCUGUAGACCUAUCACCACUUCUGUCAGGAUUUCAGUCCGUUUGUGGCUGGUAUAACAUCACUGAUUUCAGCGGGCAGUGUCAGGGGCAGCUGAAGGUGUCUGUGUCUCCUCUGAGUGCAGUACAGGAACUCCGGGCACAGAGACUGACGGCCCACGAGGCCGUCGCUCCAGAUUCAAGUGCUCUCUUUAGUGCACUUCCACUUUGCUAUCAAACGACGUCUACGUACAGCAGCUUCCCCAGCCACAUCAGUCGAUUCUCAGAGCAGAGGAUCAGCACACCUCCUGAUCAGUUUGAAAGACUGCUCUCUGACAGGUCCAGUGUGACGGAUCGUCACGAUGAGCACAUGGACAACAUAAGAAUGUUCCAUCAGACUCUGCGUGGGGAUGAGAAAGCGUCUCACUCGUCCAUGGCUGGAGAUUCCCACCCAUCCAGUUCAGCACUCUUCUCUGCCCUCAGGAAAAACCUCAGUGAGCUGGAUGAUAUUCAAAGAUAUUUCAGCCGAAAGUUGUCCGCUCCAACAUUCCCAAAGCUGAGUGAGCUGAGAGGAAUCUCCAGUCAGGACGAACACAGAGACUCCGAGACAGACACCACACAACUGCUACUGAAGUCCAGUCAACUGGUGGGAGAGGUCAAUAACAUUAUAACAGGCUUAAGUGAACACCAGACGGAAGAAGCACCAACUACCCAUAAAAGCUCUGCUACUCUUGUUGUGGUUGAGGAGCACUUAAUGUCUGGGGCUGAUCGGCUGAUAUUAUCAGAGUCUGAUAGCUGUGAGAUAGAGCCACACUUUCAUAAAGAAUCAGACAUGAUGUUGGAGGAUGAAGAUGAAGUCUCGCCCAUCAGCUCUCCUUCUCCAGCACAGACUAGACAUUCACCAGCUGCUCCUGAAAAUGAAAAGCUCCAGCACAGCUCCAGCGAUCACUCAUCUGAUGAAGAUGAGGGCAAAGAAGAGAAAAGAGAUGAGGAUGAGCAUGAAGAUUUUGAAGAAACUUUAAUACAGCCCCGAACACUUAAUGAGGUCACUUCAGUCACAGACAGAACCAGCCCUUGGACCAGCCUUCUGUCUGACCCAGAUAUGGGAUCCCUGGAGAGUCUGGAGUCUCAUGACGACACCAUCCACACUCGAGGGAUGGAAAGAAACAGCAGAGAACUUCUUCCAGACUUCAACCAAGGUGUUGAUUCUGAUUCAGAUGUCUGUGUAAGAUCUGAAACUGAUCUGGAGUGGCACUGUGGCAUUAUUGCCACAGAUCAUAGGGAAACACAGCCUUCUCCAGAUAGUCUGGAUGGAGAUGCUGCUCUUUCUAGUAUCAGUGAGGUGGAAGAUCAUGAACAAAGUUACAGUGGGCCCGAAGAAAGGGAUGAGAGAUCAAACGUGCCUCCAUGUACAGCAACAGAUGAUGAAAGUGAUGAGUGGACAGCAAAACCUUUGGAAUCUGUAGAGAUUCCAGAUUUCUUCCUGUCGGCUCAACAUCUGGAAGCGUCCAUGAGGACUUUGAGGAUGGCACCUGUCUUUCCAUCGGCAACAACUGAUUCUGAGACUGGAAAUCCUGGAAAUCUAUAUAGAAGACUGCCUCGAUCAAGACCCAACAUCCCUGCAUCCCAGAGAAGUGAAGAGACCAAAAGAAUUGCAAAAAUAUUUGCUUCAAAGUUAACAGAAGAAAGUUAAUGUUCUUCUAAUCUGUGUGUGUGCUUUAGUUUUUUUAUAUAUUUAAAAUAUGUGACGCCUAUUUAUUUCUUGAGGAAUGCAAUAUUCUUUUUAACAUUUAAUUUUGGAUAAUGUGAGCAUUAAAAAACUUGUUUAUUUACAAUAAUUAACUAUUUUUUUAAUAAAGAAUUUUGUAUUUCCAUCUACGGGUAAUUGUUUUUUAAGGUCCCAUUCUCACUAUUUAGUUUUUCCUCUUAUAAACGUUGUCAGUUGUCUGGUGCAGUUAAUGUCUGUCAGACUGAGCUGCUCAAAGACUAGAAGCAUUUUGCUGACAGAUGAGGAAAUUGC